AUGACACAGAUUCCAAACUUUUAUAACAACGAAUUUGCACAAACGAAUCAAAAUAAUUUACAAAAUCAGCAAAAUCAACAAAAACAGCAAACUGUCCCUCCGCAGUUAAUUUCUAAUAUGAAUCCAUUUAACGUAAAUCAAGCAGGUUCGAGCUAUCAGAAUAAUCCUUUUCAACAAUAUCAACAAGAAUGCUUUGGUGGUCAACAAGUUCCGAGUCAAAAUUUAAUAACAAAUCCUUAUCAACAAAAUCCGAAUACAUGUUCCAAUGCACAGGGAAUGCAAAAUCAGAAUUAUUUUGGAUCAUUGUCUCAAGGACUUCUCGAUCAAUUUCGAUCCUGCAUGAAUAGUGCAGCGCCAAUUUUUAUUUUACCGAAUGCUUGCCCAAAUCCUGCCCCAACAACGCCUCAAUUGCCAAAUUCAAUUUUAGGACAAAAUUUUGGAUAUCCGAUGAAUUAUCAUCAUCCAUCGAUAGGUAUACCCUACACAUCUCCUGUCUGUAUUCCUUACGCACUUCCAAUUCCCAUUUACAACAAUCCAUCUAAUCAAGAACGCAAAAAAUGUGAAUGUUGUCCAAAAACGGAAAUUGUUAAUGAAACAUUUAAAAAUCCAAAUAUUUUUAACGAAUUCGAGGAACAUAGAUGUAAGGACCCUAAGGAUGAUACAAUUUGUGCCAAGAAACAUUGUCCAGCUUCAUUGAACCUACAAGCACUUGCGUCACAAUUUUUGGCAAUUGCAGGAAUAAUCUCGUGUGCCGCAACAAGAUUAAUUUUACGAAAAGUUCCCGGAUCGAAUGUAAUUCAAAGUGUUGAUGAAACAAUCAACAAUGCCGUUCUAGCGAUAAAUCAAUUGAACAAAGAUAAACUUUUAAGUGAAUCGAAGAAUGCUCAGCAAAUUAAUGCUUUGAUUAAUAUUCACAUGAAUGCGAAUCCCCCAUCGAAUAUUAUUCCCAUUUUAACAAUGAUUCAGUUGAAAGUUAAUUUACUGAAGGCACACGUCGAGCAUUUAAUAAAUAGAAAAUUAAUGGAGAAUCAAGGAAUUGGAACCGAAGCAACUGGUAAUCUUGAUCCUAUUGUUCUUGCAAUGAAAACUGAUUCUGAACUUAGGGAAUUUUUGGCUGCUCUUAGAGAGAAAGAAUGUCAGGAGAGGGUGAAUUUUAAUUUCGCUCCUUAUCAUGCUCAACGAGUUUUGGCAGAGAAUUAUCUGAACAAUAUCCAGAGAAAAAUAUCUCAGGUGGAAGACGAAAUGAAUAGAAGACGUAACAACUCGAUUCCAAGAACGUCAAUCGUCAAUCGGUUGCAGUGUGAGUUUACAAAUCCUUGUUGUUAUUACAAUAGUUCAACAUUGAGCGCCUCCCAAAGGUAUGGCACUUUCGAAACUUCUCCAACGCAAACACACGAUUCUCCCGAUCCCUUCAUAAUUCAAGUACGCAAUCCCAAGAGACUUAAUUUGAAACCUCACGUCGGAAGUCCCGAGACGACCUAUCAACAAACCAAUGACACCGAAAAUAAAAAUUGCUGCGAUAAAAAUUCAAUAUUAGAAACUGACGAGGUGACAAAACCUGAUGAGACAACUUUGACCACUAGUGUUGAUAAAAAUAAUGAAACAGAUUGUGACGAAUUGAAAAAAUCUCAAAAUCGAAUAGAGAAUUCUGAUGACAGUAUUCCUUCAAAAGAGUCGAAGGAGGAUCAGGAAAAAGGCGAAAUAGAAACAAAAACAGAAAAGGAAAAUGGCGAACAAAACGUGAAUUCAGUGGCAGGAAAAGAAAGUCAAGUCGAAGAGAAAAAUUGUCAAGAUGGUACAACAGUCAGCGAAGAGUUUCAAAAUAAAAAGAUAGAUGGCGAUACUGAAGAUGAACAGGAGGAUGAUAUGACUGACAUUGAAGAAAGAAAAUAAAUUUUCUCUUUAGUUAUAAUAUUUAUUCACAAAUAAUAAUAAUUCUCGAAAAAAAU